AUGGAAACCCUAGGUGGUAUAUCGUCUAUGGUGAAAAACGAAAAAUAUUUUCUUAUAAGUUACGACACAGGGGAACUCGCUCGCCUAUAUAUCCUAAACAGUCAUGUUUUUAAAUUCUACAUGUCACCAAGCGGUAAUUUUUUGGACUAUCCUGUACCCAACCACCCGACAGACAAAGCGAAAAUAAACGUUAAAGCUAUCACUGAUUAUGAUCCUAAAUCGUUUGAAUAUUCCGUUCUUGAAACUACAUAUGAAUGCUACAAUGUUUAUACCAAUAAAAUUACGAUACGUUUCGAUAAAAAAGAAGGAAUUAUGACCGUAAGGGAUAUGAGGACCAACAAUGUUAUACUGAAGGAAUCGGAACCACUCUCCUAUGCUGUUAACAAAGUGAGACAGACACUGCACCAACAUGAGGACGAGUUCUUCUUUGGAGGCGGAAUGCAGAACGGACGGUUUUCACACAAAGGACAACAAAUAGACAUCGUUAACUCAAAUAAUUGGGUCGCUGGAGGAGUCACAUCGCCAUGUCCUUUCUUCUGGUCCACUUACGGUUAUGGAAUCCUACGUAAUACUUGGCAACCAGGCGUAUACGAUUUUGGAAAUACAAAUCCUAGUGUAGUCGUAACCUCACAUAAAGGAAAUGAUUUUGACUCAUUUUUCUUUAUAAAUUCCAAUCCUAAAGAUAUCUUGAAUGACUACUACGAACUGACCGGAAAACCGAUCUUUAUGCCUGAAUAUGCAUUUUACGAAGCUCACCUAAACGCAUUUAACCGUGACUACUGGGUCAAGGUGAUGCAGGAUACGCCUGGCGCGAUUUUAUUUGAAGAUGGUUUUUAUUACAAAUGUUAUCAGCCAAAAGAUAUGAAUGGCAAAGAUGGUAUAUUAGAAUCUUUAAAUGGAGAAAAAAACAAUUACCAAUUUUCAGCCAGAGCUAUGAUCGGUAGGUAUCAAAGAUAUGACAUGCCAUUAGGCUGGUUUGUGCCCAACGACGGCUACGGUUGUGGAUACGGACAGACGGACUCCUUGGAUGGUGACAUAGAAAACUUGAAACAGUUUGCAGACUAUGCUAGAAGAAAAGGUGUGGAAGUUGCUCUUUGGACUGAAUCUAAUUUAGAACCAGCAGAUCCAAACAACCCAAAGAAAGGAGAGCGCGAUUUAAAUAAGGAAGUAGGUGUAGCUGGCGUAGUGGCACUCAAAUGUGACGUGGCGUGGAUCGGAUCUGGCUAUUCUUUCGGUCUUAACGCUUUAGAACAUGCUAAUGAACUGUUUCUCAAGGGCGCUAACCACAAAGCUAGAACGAUGAUCAUAACGGUGGAUGGUUGGGCAGGAACCCAAAGGCACGCAGGCGUAUGGAGCGGAGACCAGACCGGAGGUCAGUGGGAAUACAUACGCUUCCAUAUACCUACGUAUAUUGGAUCUGGUCUCUCUGGAAUACCAAUAGUCGGUUCCGAUAUGGACGGUAUUUACGGAGGACAAGGUAAAGCAGUUAAUGUGCGAGACUAUCAAUGGAAGACUUUUACGCCACUCCAACUAAACAUGGACGGCUGGGGGAAAGUGCAAAAAUCUCCUUUUAGUUUUGAUGAUGAAGCCAAGCGAAUUAACAGAGCGUAUUUGAAAUUAAAAGCUAUGCUCUUGCCAUACAAUUAUACCAUUGCUCAUGAAUCUAUUAACGGUUUACCGAUGAUCAGGGCAAUGUUUCUAGAGUUUCCGAAAGAAUCCUGUGCGUACACGAAAGACGCUCAGUACCAGUUCAUGUGGGGACCAUCCAUAUUAGUAGCACCAGUGUAUAAAGAAAAAAAUAAUAAUGGAGACUGGGUUCGCAAUGGCGUCUUCCUUCCCGACCUCAACCAAGUGUGGAUAGACUUGUUUACGGGAGCGAAAUACCAAGGAGGUAAAAUAUGGAACCAUUUGAAAUCUCCGCUAUGGCGGAUACCAGUUUUCAUAAAAGAUGGUGCUAUCAUACCUAUGGUCAAUCCAAAUAACAAUCCUUAUGAAAUCAAAAGGGAUUUGAGAGUGUACAAUAUUUAUCCAAAUGGUGAAACAGAUCUUGAAGUUUAUGAAGAUGAUGGUCGUACGUCUGAUUAUUUAGAUGGUUUUCACGCUUUUACUCAUUUGUCAGUCUCAGGUCCGUCUACAAAUGGGUAUGGUAAUUUGCACAUUCAUAUUCGCAAGACAAUUGGAAAAUACAAAAACAUGGUAAAAGAAAGAUCAACUUUACUAAGGAUAAUGAUUUCAAAAACUGUGGACUACGUUAAAGUUGCUAUUAAUAAUGAACCCGUAACUUUAAUAAGAGUUAAAACUGAAGAAGAAUUUAACAUAUCAGACGACGCAUUCUAUUACAAAGACGAUUUUAUCGUAAACCCAUACCUUCAUGGUUUUGGUGGAGACGCACUAAAACAAAAGUUCUUAUUAAUUAAAAUACAUAAAAUCGAUGUUACAACAAGCGAUAUACAUAUAAAAAUCAAUGACUAUCAGAACAAAGACAUUAUUCAUGGAAGCAACACUUCUCUAAAUAACGCAUUACAUUAUCCCUCUAAGUUUACCACGCGGGACGAAGAUGUGACACCUACAUCUAUAACCCUACAUUGGGAGGCAAUGACGGGGGCUUACGUUGAAAUAGAAAGAGAUGGAGCAGUGUUUACCAACAUAUCAGGUUCCAGCUAUACGUUUGAAGGUUUCCCAUUUGAUUCAGAGCAUAAGUUUAAAAUUCGUUCAGCUAACUCUGAAGGCGUAUCAAAAUGGAGUUACACUAUAGUUGUGUCGACGAAAGAGGAUCCGCAAAAGCAUGCUAUUAAAGUGAUUAAAGUUACUUGUAACAUUCCAUGCCAGCCGUCCCAAGAAGUUUGCAAGUUGACUGAUGGGGACACAAGGUCCUUGUGGCAUACUCAUUGGGCGAGACCAGAUCAAGCGAAUCCACAGAAAGGCAAAGUAAUAACACUCAAUUUCGACUUGGAUGGCAUUUAUGAGGUCGAUAGAUUGGAAUACACGCCUCGCGAAGAUGCAGGCAACGGGACCAUACUACAAGUGCAAUACAGACAUUCCACUGAUGGAAAAGUUUGGAGUCCAAUGUCCAGCAAAAUAAAAUGGGAUCACGAUGAAAGUGUAAAACGCAUUCCAUUAAAUGGCACUAAAAUGAAAUACGUAGAGCUUAAUAUUUUAGACACCAUUGGCGGGUUUGGCUCCGGAAAACAAAUUUUGUUCUAUAAAAAAGAUUAA